AUUGUGACAGUAAUCAUCCGCUGCACUCGGCACUGAAGAAUCAUCGACGGCUUCUAAGACUUGUUAGAAAGCAGUAAGAUCACUCUCGGAGUGCAGCUGAACGAUUCUGCUCGCUAUGACGAACGAGGUCCACUUCUGGUUACCUUCACCUUUCACUCUGAUGCUAUCGCGUCAAUCGAACUUCUGCAGCUCGUGAGAGAUGUUAAUGUCUCCGACAGCAAAACAAAGCUACAUCCUAGAACAAGCUACUUCAUUCACGAAACAUCACGACUACAAUAUGCAGUGCUUUUCCCCCACAAAGGAUUCCAGCGAAGAACCAUGCUCGCAGAAAGGUCGCGGAGCCCACCUCCAUUCGCGAGGCAGAUCGAUGACAACCUAUACGCCCUCAUUGAGAGAGCGGACUUCACCAGAACCAUGCUCGCAGAAAGGUUGCGGAGCCCACCUCCAUUCGCUAUUUUUUUGUUUCAGAACCAUGCUCGCAGAAAGGUCGCGGAGCCCACCUCCACUCGCCGCUCUCUCAAUGAGGGCGGACUUCACCAGAACCAUGCUCGCAGAAAGGUUGCGGAGCCCACCUCCAUCCGUGAAGCGGAUCGAUGACAACCUAUAUGCCUUCAUUGAGAGAGCGGACUUCACCAUGUCCAUCAUCUUUUUCCACGGGCCCUGUAAUGAUGGAGAGGAAAUAGCUAAUAUGUAUUUCCGCGAUUGGGUUUCGAUUUGUCAAAAUGUCGAAGUUCUGUGGCCAACGGAUUGGCUGGCGGAAGACGUGCCAGGUGCCCAGAUAUUUUCUGCCUCUUACGAUCUUAGCCUGAAUGUUACAUCGAGAAACGGGAGACAAGAUUACUACCAAAUAGCAGAAAACUUGGUAUCCAGCAUAUUUCUGCAUGCAAAGGACUACGAGAUGUGGUCAAAACCCGUGGUCUUGGUGGGUCAUUCUCUUGGAGGAAUCGUUAUCAAGGAACUUCUGCUGAAAGCUCACGACAUUGUGGGUGCCGGCAGUGUCGUAUACAACGCAGGAAGGGUCAAGCAGUUCCUGGACAACAUGAGCCUGAUUUACUACUACUCAACGCCUCAUUAUGGGAUGACAUUUCGCCUGGAAGGACAUUCGGAUGAUCCCCCCAGCAUUAUCAGCCCGAGUCCAAUAUUGGAAUAUACCAGAAGUCAGACCACGUACCUCUCACGGCUAGACCACGACUUCAAGCAUAAGUUUAGCUCGUACAGGAACUGCCGGAUGGCUACAAUUGCAGAAACUGCUGUGACUAAGUGGGACCUAGUGGGAAUAAACCACGUGCUGGUCCCGGAAGGAUCUUGGAGAGUCGCCGGUUGUCAGAAAUACAUGGCAUCGGAAGCCGACCACUUCUCAGUGUGCAAACCGACUAGCAAAACCAGCAACAAUUACAUCAAUUUCCUGAGGAACAUUGAGGACCUUCCAAUCGCCCGGCCCGUUCCGGAAGCAGUCGUAAGAUUGAUAGUCUUCAAAGAAGACACCUUCAAGAAGUCAGUGCCUAGUGUAGACCUGUACUCGCUCGAAGAUCUGAAGGAACAAUUGGAGAACGCCCCUGUAGAAUUCAAAACUCGGCUUGUUGACUCAUCAGAAAUCCUCACCGAGCUCGUCCGCCUCUUGAGCAAAGAAGGGUGGGAUGAGGGAUGGGAUGCCGAUGGCCGGAUCCGUGCCACUACGGCAUAUAUUCUCUAUUAUCUGGCACGCGUGGAGAAACUCAGGGCUCAGAUCGGCCUAUAUCCAAAGGCGUUGCGGAGGCUGCUACACCUGCUGCACAUGAACGUGGGAGAACUUCGCAAGGCCGCGCUUUACGCCUUGCACGUUCUCGCACGCGACGGCCCAUCAGCGGCGGCUAUAUGUCGAAGGGAAGGAGCUCUCGACCACUUGGUGUCACUGAUGAAGGAGGAGGAGGAGGAUACGGACUUGAGAGUCAAAGCAGCCACGACGUUGGCUUUCGCGACCGAUAAGCGCAGAGAAAACCAGAACAGCUUUCUCGAUCUCGAGAGAGCAUAUAAAAUACUUGUGCGCAUAUUGGAGGAGAAGCAAAGUCCGAACCUUCUAUAUUCCGCCGCCCACGCCUUGGCGAAUGUUCCUGAAUACCACAGCGAAUUAGCAAAGCAGCCCGAAAGUCUCAUUACUUUGGCCAUGUUAGUGGUGGUGAACAUAAGAGGAGAGAGCAGAGAGCAAGAUGAGGAGCGGAUGGUACACUGCAUCAAUGUAGCCACCAUCUUCCGGGAGAUAAUAGCGGGUGGAGCCAAUGCGCGAGUGCACAAAGUGUCUAAAGACAACAUUUACCGCAUAGAACUGGGAAUAGAAAACUUUGGAAACUUGAGAACGGGGGUUCUCAAGGGACUUGAAAGAUGGAUUAAUCUUUCAAUCUUACGAUCCAUCAAGUAUAUCUAUAUAUAUAAACUAUAUAUGUGCUAUAUAUCUAAAGAAUAUAUUAAAAUAAAUAGUAUAUCUAAAGAAUAUAUUGUAAUAAUUAGUUUAUUGGAUAGUAUAGAAAGAAAAUUGAUAAAUAUAGAAAGUAAUUUGUUUGAUGGUACCCUUACGGAAAGUAAUUUGCUUUAUGAGACCUUUGCGGAAAUUAGUUUGUAUAUUAAAACAAUUGGAUAAUAUAGAAAGAAAACUGAAAAAUUUGUUUGAUAGGACCAUUUGUAACCAUCUUUAGUUAGUUAAAACUAAAGUAGAGGUUACUCUAAAUAUUGAUGUAGAUACUUUAGUGUGCACUAAUCAUAACUGUCACGUCAGCGAUCCGCGCACUUGGUAGGUACAGAGUGGAUGUGUUAGUUGACAGUGCCACGUCAGCAAUCCG